CUCAAACAGGUUUCUGGUGCCACGCUACAGCUCUUAGUCAUUGGAAUUUAGGUGGAGCUCCCUCCUACAGUGUCUGUUCUGAUUAAAAAGCUGCUCUCACUCACACAUUCAUACAUAUACACACACUCUUCAGGAGCCUUCCUAAAACACUUUUGUCCCACACUGCUGAGUGAGUAGCAGAAAAAGCUCAUCAGUUUGUGCACCUGGCCUCUAGAGAAGCCACUGACCAUUCCACAAGAUGGUGCAGUAUGGCCUUGACUACACAAGGUGCAGAUGGAUCUUGCCUCUGAUGUUAGGCAUAGCGGUCAUCUUUGGCCUUAUUGCGCUGGCCAGCAGGGGCUGGCUGGAGUCGGAGAUGAUGCCCCAUCAGCAUCAAGCCUCGUUAUGGCAAAGCUGUACAAGGCCCAAUGGUCAGUCCAUCUGGAAUUGCAUCUCCCUGAUGAACUACGCCUGGGGGAGAGCUGCUGCUGCCACAUUCCUUUUAGGCUAUAUCAUUCUGGUCAUUUGUUUUGCCCUGGCCAUCAUAGCAUUCGCCAUUGAUACGCUUCGGUUCAACUUCAUACGAGGAAUCGGAGGCUUGCUCUUUGCUGCUGCUGCGUUCUCGGUCAUGGCCCUGGUCAUUUAUCCAGUGAAGUUCACAAAUGAAAUUGCCAUGGAAGGAGUCAAUAUGUUCAGCUGGGCCUAUGGCUUUGCUUGGACCACCACCAUUAUGGAAAUAGGCCUGGCGUUCUUCUUCUGCUGCCUCCCGAAUUACGAAGAUGAGAUCCUGGGCAACGUCAAGCCGACAUAUUUUUAUACUUCCCCAUAAAUACUAGAAACAACAGGAAAGGUGCCUUACUGUUGUUUUGAUAUUUAGAUUCCAGAGAUACAUACAGACUCUCUUAUUUUUACAGAGUAUUAUGACCAGGAAUUAGUAGAAAGGCUUGGAAGCUUUUUAUGCAAGUAGAACUAUAGCGUUGGAGUUAUAGAAUAGAAGAUCUAAAUUGUUCUGAAUUUUCCUCUUUGAUAUGGGUUUGUUAGGGUUAAUUAUUCUACCAUUUUGUAUUGCUCCAUUACUUCCCACUAGUAGUGGUGUGGGAUGGUUCUGGUAUUGGUGCUUCAAGCAUCUGUGUUUUUAUUUAAGUUCAAACAAGGCUUUUAAUUCCUCAGGGAAUCAGUUAUGGAGUCAGACAACCCUGAUUCCCUGAGGCAAAGCAGCUCAGGAAAACCAGAUACCAUGAUAUGUGGGUUUAUUUGUUUAGUUUAACCUGAAAACUGAUAUUUGGUUGCUUACAAAACCUGCCUACCCAUCAUUUGUGCCACCAUUGCCAAUAAUUCAGUCACUACUUCGUAACUUUGUUUCCUCUUUUAUUCAUAAAAAAUAUAGCACUUAGAGGCAGAGGCAAGAUAGAGAAAACUACUUCCUUGUUUUUAACAGGCCCUUUUCAUUUCUCUCAAUGCUUUUGUUGCAUAGUUUAGUUGCUAAAUUGUCAAAGGUGAACCAGAAAUUAGAAGAAAAAUAAACGGUCUUCAAAUACCACUAAACAUAAACAAAUAUUAUCACUGUGUAGUGUGUGCUGCAAUGCAAACUGUCUUAAAAAUCCUGGGUGAGAUUCUGGGCUGCUAGUUAGAGGAGCAGCACAGGAUUAGCACACUGCGGGAAGGGGACAAAAGUGGCUUUAAGACACCCUUUCACCCUUCAGAUUCUGGGCUGCUCUGAGGGCUAGAGAGACCCCUGCUGUAAUGUAGGGAGUCCUGAGGAACUGUUUAAGAUAUGCCAACCUCACCAGGUUGCCCUAUGGGCAACAGCACUGUCCAAAUCUCCAUAGAUCUAUGUGCGGUGGGUCCAUCCAUGACCCGCUUCCUCUGCUCCUAACCCCAUCCUUGGCAUGUCCCCUAUGCUAACGCCUCAGGAGUCCUUGAAGGACAGCCUGCUUCCGUCUUCUUCAGUUCCUGCACCAUUGGAAUUCUUCCCCCACCAAAUCUAGGCCUUUUAGAGCACCUUUACACCAUUCCAGCCCUUUUACCUGGUAUCAAAGGGCCAGAGCUGGUAUGGGAAUCUCACCUCUAUUUACCCCUAUGGCCCUCAUCCCUACAGUAUCCCAUUGUCUCUAUACUAUUGAACUGCUGGAAUUUGAAUUUAGAGUUAUUAAACAAGUUAAAACAAAAUCCCUUUCUUAUUGGGCUCUUUCAUUUAGUUCUAUUACUUUCUGAGCAGAGAGAGAGAGAGAGAGAGAGAGUGUGAGUGUGAUGUGUAUAUAUAUAUAAUAUGCACACACCCAAAUACACUCUCACACAACCUCCCACCCUAAGACUUGUAUACCAAGACACAACCACAUUUUAUAAAACAUUUUCAGAUAUAUUUUGUAUUCCACAACACUAAAAAUAUGAUAAAGUAAAGAUGUUUGCUUGCUGUUUUCUGUGUUAUAUAUCCCGAUUUUGUAAUAUUCAAUUUUUUGCUUUAGGUGAAAAAAUUAUAGACCAAAUCCUAGUAUCCUUAGCAACAAGAACUCUCACUGAAGUCAUUACAUCAUUUUCUAAGACGAAUAUUACCUUGUAAUAAAUUUGCCUCUCUUUAUAUACUGCAGAUGAUGAAAACUGCCACAUUGAGUAUUCCACACUAUAAAAUAUGAGAUGCAGGAAUGAAACCUGGUCUUCCUUGAUAAAGGUCUUGGACAGUGAAAAAAAGUUAAGCUAAACAACCAGAUUAUUAUAUUGCACUAAUUUUGCAGCAGUGUAACUCUAUUUACUGCUCUGAAGUUACACCUAACUCUCAAUAAAAGUGAGAGAAGAAUCAGACCCAAAGCAUUAUAUAUAUAUAUAUAUAUAUAUAUAUAUAUAUAUAUAUAUAAACCCUUGAGAAUGGUUAGACAGAAGAGUUGUGUAAUUAAUUAUUAUGAUUUUUCCUGGCCAAAAAAUUUAGAAAAUAUUUUGUAUAAAAAAGUGACAGAGUGCAAUUGAUGCAGAUGCAGUAAGUCUGUUUAGGAAUAAGCUGUUGCAGAUAUUUUCAUGAUGCUAACCAUACUCAAUAAAUGAUGGUCAUCUGUGUCUUGUUUC